AAUAGCUACAAUAUUUAUAUGGAAACUAUUCUGAUUUACCAAUUCAACCUUCUAACAAGUCACCCCUCAACUUAAGAUAUAGUGCGUUUCAAAUUCCAUGCGUGUGUGCGUUCAUAGGGGAUGAAAAAUAACCAGAAAAAUGUCUAUGUAAUAUACACACAGCACAUCUAAAACACCAAAGAAGAAAGAAGAAAAAACGCACACAUUUCCAAACAUAGCAACAAAGAAGAUUUUGAACGAGAAUUCGGUGUUUAUACGAACGAAUUCAGUGUACCCACAGUAGAGAGAAUAACAUUCAAAAGUCAUAGUUCGUGCAUUAGAUGGAAGAAGCACAUUUAUUUAAUAUAAAGUUUGAUUUAAAUUAGGAAGUGAAACAAAAGAUUUUCUUUCAAUUUUUCUUAACGAAAUGCAUGGGUGAAAUAGUCAGAAAUGUUUACAGAAAUCCAAUUGCGGAUGAGAUAUUCGCGAAGAUGAUUUUGGACAGAACUGACAAUAAAAAACCAUGGCGAAUUGAAGCAAUGAAUAUUACUAUUGGUAGCCCAUCAGAAAAAGAAAUUGGACGACAAGAAAAUCAUUAAGGAUGUCAUCAGUGUCUUGCUCCAUAUGUUGGGAUAUAGUGACCUCGACCUGUAUCGCUUCCUACUUAGCGUGUGGUCACGUCUACCAUCACCAUUGUCUGGACAAAUGGCUGAAAACAUCCAAAACAUGUCCCGAAUGUCGAAAUGCAGCCUUCAGCACAAAGCGUAUCUACCUCAAUCUAGUACCUGAUCCGGAAAUCGAAGUGCUAAAUCUAGAAUUAACGAAAACGACAAAGAAAUUCGAAUUUUCCGCAAUCGACAACGAAAUUCAAGGUGCAAUUAUCAAGCAAUUAGAAAAACAAUUGAGUGCCAAAGACGAACUGCUACUUUUGAGUGCCAAACAAAAUGAUGAGCUGAAGUCAAACUCCAAUUUCAUACUGCACCAGAGAGACAAACUGACACUGGAACUAGAGCUGCAGGAAAAACAACAAAUUCAUCUCACCAAUGAACUAGCCGAUGUCAGAAACCAGCUGCAAGCUUCACAAACAAAGAAUAUCGAAAUUACCAGCUCCACAGUGACCUUGAAGGAGUACUAUCGUGAACAAGUGAUACAAAUCUCUGACCUACAUUCACAGAUACUAGAUCUGACCGAGCGCUUAGAUCAAUUCCGUAGCAUGUUUGCAGCUACCGAUAACAAACUCCAGGCGCAGUUACAAGAAAAUCAAGCUAUGAAAAAGGAACGAGACUCACUGCUAAGCCGAAACACACAUUUGUAUCAGAAAAUGUACAGUCUGAAGUUGCAAGUUGGCAAAACACUUUUGAGAAAAAUCAAAAACAAAUACAACGGACGGUUGCAGUCAUCAUCACCACCAAAAGUUCUAUCAAGAAGGCGAUAUGGUAGUGGUAACUUCCUGAAAACAAAGCUAGUGAAAAGUCUCAAGAACCAAAAGUCAAAUAUGAUCUACCAGUGUCGUGCUAAAUCGAAUGAAAAUUUGAAAAUGAAAAUUAAAUUGAUAAGGAGCCAGAAUCUCAAAAUGAAAUUAGUUAAGUCGAAGCUCAACUGGACGUGUUUAAAUAGCUAGAGUUUUAUAUUUUGCGAAUUUUUACAAUAUUUUUAUUACGAAUAAAGAUUACGAGUAUAUAUUUUGCCAACA